GUGUGGGCGCGACAGGGGUUAAGGUGGGCGCCCGCGCCCCGAGCCCCGCGCCUCGCGCCCACCCGCCGGGAUGAGCGCGCAGUCCGCCCGCUCGCUCGGCGCCGGCCCAGGAGAAAGUGGCGGUCAGUGAUGGAGCUGCUGCCAUGACAACCCAGGCGGUCGGGGCCCGCGCGCUUCUGGACUGCUCCCGGGAGGAAGGCGGCGCGGAGGCCGGGGGCGGCCUCUGAGCGUGGCGUCCGCGCGUCCCCGCGUCCCGUGCCACGUCCCCGGAGGAGGCGGGGGCGCCGUCCGCCAGCUCCCCGUGCGCCCGGAGCCUGCGCCGGGCGGCGCUCCGCGGGCUGGCGACGCGGGCCGGGCUGGCCACCAGUCGCCGCCCGGGCUGCGGUGGAGGACGCCCACGGCACCGACGGAUCCUCGGGCUGAGACGGCCGCCGGUCCCCGCGCUGGAACUUUUUGCCGCCUUUGGGUUCCAGAUUCGAGACUCGGGCUGGUCUAUAAAUACAUCUAUACAUGUGUGUGAGCUAAUAAAACAUUUUCUCCUCUCCUUGAAGCGGCAGCUUUUAGGACAUCUCUUUUAUGUCAGAGACACUUGCCUUGCUUCUUUGGGUUAUAAACUUUUGAUGCCAGACCUCUGCAGAACGUGCCCAACUGAAUCUUAAAGUAGCAUCUUGAAGAGAGAGGCAGAGAAAGAGCAAUCUGUGACCUUCAUCCCUGCACCUUCCUUCUUCCUCUCCCUUCCCGGCUGCCUCCCUCUUCCCCAGGGGAGCGUCAAGAAAGCUCUUUUUGGAUGCAGGAGGGGGCAUCUGGUUCUGCUAGGCUGGAAAGCUGAGGCAGGAUUUGAGGAAGAAUCAUUAGACUCCGGAGAGCCUGGACUCGUUUCUCCUCCUUCCCCCUCUCUGCUUCUGGCUUGCUCCAUCCCCUUUCCGUCUCCCCACACCACCGCCUGAGACCCGCUGGUGUGCGGGGCGGGGGACAAGGACCGUGCCUCUGCUGGAGUUCUGGGAAGUUGUGGCUGUCGAGGAUGGGGGUCUGUGGGUACCUGUUCCUGCCCUGGAAGUGCCUCGUGGUCGUGUCUCUCAGGCUGCUGUUCCUUGUACCCACAGGAGUGCCCGUGCGCAGCGGAGAUGCCACCUUCCCCAAAGCUAUGGACAACGUGACGGUCCGGCAGGGGGAGAGCGCCACCCUCAGUAUAUUUGCCCAGGAGAAGGGCCUGGCCACUGUGCAUGAACUCCCCAUUUCUCAGACCAGGGGGGAGAUUUGUGAGUGUACCAUAGAUGACCGAGUCACCCGGGUGGCCUGGCUAAACCGCAGCACCAUCCUCUACGCUGGGAAUGACAAGUGGUCCAUAGACCCUCGUGUGAUCAUCCUGGUCAACACACCAACCCAAUAUAGCAUCAUGAUCCAGAACGUGGAUGUGUAUGAUGAGGGCCCAUACACCUGCUCUGUGCAAACAGACAACCACCCGAAAACUUCCCGGGUCCACCUCAUAGUGCAAGUUCCUCCCCAGAUCAUGAAUAUCUCCUCAGACAUCACUGUGAAUGAGGGAAGCAGUGUGACCCUGCUGUGUCUUGCUAUUGGCAGACCAGAGCCAACUGUGACAUGGAGACAUCUGUCAGUCAAGGGCCAGGGCUUUGUGAGUGAGGAUGAAUACCUGGAAAUCUCUGACAUCAAACGUGACCAGUCUGGGGAGUAUGAAUGCAGCGCCUUGAAUGAUGUUGCCGCACCUGAUGUGCGGAAAGUAAAAAUCACUGUAAACUACCCUCCUUAUAUCUCAAAAGCCAAGAACACUGGUGUCUCUGUUGGUCAGAAGGGUAUCUUGAGUUGUGAAGCCUCUGCAGUGCCUAUGGCUGAAUUCCAGUGGUUCAAGGAAGAUACCAGGCUAGCCACCGGCCUGGGCGGCGUGAGGAUUGAGAACAAAGGCCACAUAUCCACUCUGACUUUCUUCAAUGUUUCAGAAAAGGAUUAUGGGAACUAUACUUGUGUGGCCACAAACAAGCUUGGGAACACCAAUGCCAGCAUCACACUGUAUGAAAUAAGCCCCUCAUCAGCAGUGGCAGGGCCUGGAGCAGUCAUUGAUGGUGUAAACUCGGCCUCUAGAGCACUGGCUUGUCUCUGGCUAUCAGGGACUCUCUUUGCCCACUUCCUCAUCAAGUUUUGAUAAGAAAUCAUAGGUCCUCUGAGCAACGCCUGCUUCUCCAUAUCACAGACUUUAAUCUACACUGCGGAGGGCAAACAAGUUUGGGCUUCUUUUUAUUUGUUUUUGUUCUUCUUGUUUUUUUGGGGGGAGGGUUGGUUUAUUUGAGUUUUUCUCCAGUUUGAAUGAGUGGGGUUGGGGGGAUGGGUGGGCAGGAUUCUACCAUGUAUAGGGUAAUCAUUCAUUGGUGUCUCCAAAAAUGGAAUCUAUCCCUGCUACCUGGGCCCUUUCCUUUCCUCUGCUCCUCUCCCCAUCAUCAUCACUACGAACCUCUCUUCCCCCAACACACCAAACCAUAAGCUCCAUUUGGGCAAAAACGUGCCUCAUGAUAAACACCCUGAAGACACAACUUGACUUACAAUGUAGUACACAGCAAGAGUUAUAUCCAAGUGUCCUAUUAUCUGUGUCUUUUAAGCUUUGGGCCAUUUUCUUUAUUAUAAUGUACAUAUCUCUCCCUCCAUGUUUACUAUUAUCUAAUUACAUUGGGGUUCACAUCCUUUCUUUCUGGGAAGGUCUGAAUACACCCAUAUCCAUAUAUGUGUAUAUAUGGAUAUAUACACAUAUAUAUGUGGAUAUAUACACAUAUAUGGAUAUUCUUGUCACCUUCUCUAGCCACUCUGUCCUAUUCACUUGCUCUAUCACUAUGUGGGUUAGAGGUUUGGGGUUAUUCACACAACCUAAAAGUAAAAGUUUAGAAGUCACUUGACCAAAAAAGAGGGGAAGCAUUUUGACGACAGUACUUCUUUUUUAAAAAUGCUGUCUAACUCAUAAAACAAAAUGAUCUAUGGAUGACUGAUUAUUUAGGGCUUAUCAAGCUAUCACAAGAAUCAUAUGGUUAUCCAUCUACUUGACUGUGUGACUUAUCUCUCCCUCCAAUUAUCUACCCACCCAUCUUUCUCUGUAGCAAUCUAUUUACUCUAUUUAUCAAUCUAUCAAUGUAAUUAUCUAACACUUCUCUAUAUUUCUUCCCUACUACUCACUAUCAAUUCAUCACCAUAUUAAUUUCUAAUCAUAUUGUGUCUAUUUCACUAUAUUCAUUUCUCCUCUACCUUCAGCAGACACUGGCAUCUUCAAAAUUACCUAUCAACUUUCAUAUGAAAGCCAAUGGUCUCACAGGCUAACAGCAUAGAAAAGCAAUAUGUCGUGGACUCUUUGGAAGGUGAUAUCCCAUCCACCUUCCAAAAUAGAUGCCAUUAACAGAUGGACCAAAGUAGCAAUCUAAGGAUCAGUCACUCACCAUUCCUGGAGUACUGUGUUUCCAAAAGCAUCUUCUUGGGAAGCAGAUCAGCCCUGGAAAGGCCUUGAUCAGUGCCAUGUUUUGUUUUGUUGUUGUUGUUGUUGUUGUUGUUUUCCUUUCAUAUUUGAAGGAUCAAGAUGCCAAACUUCAUGUUUCCCUCGGCCUUCCAAGAAAGUGUGUGUCAGAAACCUAUGGGAUUUACUCCAUGUCUGGCUUUUCUUAAUAGCAAGAACAGAAGAGAGGAAACACAUAUCUGUCUCUGCAGUGAAGAGAGAAGUCUACCUGUCUGAGUGCAAUGAAUUCAGCUAUUGUCUCCUCCCUCUUCCAGUUUUGGUUUAAUCUGUUUGAAAACUAUCCAGUAAAAAGCUGAUGAAAACCAAUUACAUGGCGGGUGUGUUGACAACUCUGGUAUUUGUUUCAGGAAGCUCUUCUGAGCUGAGGGCACUUGAGCAACAGACUUAAUUUCCAAGCACUUGAUUAACACAACACUGCAAACAGGAGGGGAUAGUGUAAGUGACACACAAUUUCCUCUGAUACAUGCUGCUUCUCCAGUGGCUUUGGGGAAGAAUGUCCUCAGUUUUCCAUUUUCAAAGCAGAUCCAGCAGACAAACAAGAGAUGACCUGACUUUUAUGCAUCAUUUCCUGAGACAAGAAAGAUUCAGCCAACAAGGGUACCUAUAAUCCAAAAGAAUGGCAUUGAAAACCAUGCAAGCUUAUGCCUCUCUUUACCCGUGCUGCAAGGACUGACCUACUGAGAUGAUGAGAAAGGAAAGAAGCAUCAACAGUGACUAUCUCACAGACCUGCUCUGCCUCAGUGGGAAGCUUUCAGGUCCACAAUCUAAAAAAUAAUAAAUAUGAGCUUUAUAGAGCUCCAUUCCCUUAAUGCUUAA